GAUCAAGACCGAGCUUUGUGAUCCGUCUGGCCGACUUUAAACCCUCCCCAUACCCGGACCCCACCCGUCUCUGUUUUGUGAAGUAAAAACUUCACUACACCGUUUUCGGGUCGGAGAAAGACCCCUUGCGGAUCAACUGAAGUUGAAAAAGUAGGAUGGAUUUGUGAUGGACCCCUGUCAUUCACUUUCUUAACUCAUCUGACUCUUUGUUGAAAGUAUUGCAGGAGCAAACCUCCGCCGUAGACUUCCAAGAUGAACGAUAACGAAAUACUUGAGAUGGACGAAACGCUGGACUUUUUGGAGGAAGAGGCAGAGUUGGGGAUGAUAGACGAAGACAUGGUUUACCCGCAGGAGUUCCUCCCGACGUAUGAGACCAUACAGGAAGGUGCGCCCGUGAAAAAGGCAGAGCAGGCCGACUUCAACGGGAAGCACGACUCGCUGUUCUUCAACGACGGCGUGCGGCGCAUCGACUUCGUCCUGGUGUACGAGGACGAGGACAAGAAGGAUUUCGACAAGAGGCACACGUUUCAGCGCAAGAAGCGACGGCGGGAGUAUCUGGAGGCCAGUCUGAUGAAGAUGGGUAUGGCGCUGGAGGCUACCCGAUCAGUGGUGGACGACAAGCUGAUUUUCGUGAAGGUGCACAUGCCCUGGGACGUGCUGUGCACCUACGCCGAAGUGCUGCACAUCAAGCUGCCCAUCCAGCCCAACGACCUGGCGUCGCGCCCGUCGCCGUGGCGAUUCUUCUCCUGCGUCACCAAGCACUUCUACCCCAGCGAGGACAAGAUCGGCACGGAGGCCGACUUCUACACCGCGCCCUUCGAGAAGGACCGCCUGGAGUACUUCUACGUCAAGGACCAGGACAACUUCUUCACCCCCUCCAUGAGGAGCCGCAUGGCGUACUACAUCCUGAACCGCGCGCCGUAUGAAAUCAGAGGCAACAUCAAGAAGUUUGGCAUCACUAAGCUACUGGACAGUGGAGUCUACAAGGCAGCCUACCCUCUCCACGAUUGCAGGUUUAACGUCAGGUCAACGGAACUGGGCAGCCCCAACGAGAGGCUGCUGCUCUACGAAGAAUGGGCCCAUCCCAAGAGCUUCUACAAAAUGCAACCGCUCGACCUAAUCAGAAAGUAUUACGGCGAGAAGAUUGGUAUUUAUUUUGCCUGGUUGGGUUUCUACACCUUGAUGCUGGCACUGGCGGCUGCCGUGGGCCUGGGCUGCUUCAUAUACGGCUACCACACCCAGGAGACCAGCACAUGGAGCAAGGAGGUGUGUGACCCCAACAUAGGCGGCGCUAUAGUAAUGUGUCCGCAGUGUGACCUCGAGUGCACCUACUGGAGGCUCAACAGCACGUGUGAAUCAUCCAAAAAACUUUGUAUAUUCGAUAACUUUGGCACGCUGGUGUUUGCUGUCUUCAUGUCAGUCUGGGUGACUCUGUUCCUGGAGUUCUGGAAGCGGUACCAGGCGGAGCUGGAGUACGAGUGGGACACGGUGGAGUUCCUGGAGCAGGAGGAGCAGCCGAGGCCAGAGUACGAGGCAAAGUGUUCCCACGAAAGGAUCAACCCCAUCACCAGGGCCAAAGAGAAGGUGCCGUACACUGCGUGUGGACGGUGUAUCCGGUUGUCCUUGGGAAUCGGGACGGUCCUCUUCUGGAUCCUGCUCAUCCUGGCGUCGGUGGUGGCCAUCAUCGUGUACCGCCUGGCCGUGUUCUUCGCCUUCUCCGCCAAGCUGCGGGCCCAGGACCUGAAGGAGCUGGAGCCCUUCAGGGAGUACGUCACGCCCCAGAUGGCCACCACCGUCUCCGCCUCCAUCAUCAGCUUCGUGGUCAUCAUGAUCCUCAACAUCCUGUACGAGCGAGUGGCCAUCUGGAUCACCGACUUUGAGCUUCCUCGCACCAAGACUGAGUAUGAGAACAGCCUCACCCUCAAGAUGUUCCUCUUUCAGUUCGUCAACUAUUACUCUUCCUGUUUUUACAUCGCCUUCGCUAAGGGCAAGGUCGUGGGAUAUCCCAAAGAGCCGGUGUACCUGCUGGGAAAGUACCGCAAUGAGGAGUGCGACCCGGGCGGGUGUCUGAUGGAGUUGACCACCCAGCUGACCGUCAUCAUGGGGGGCAAAGCCAUCUGGAACAACAUCCAGGAGGUCCUGCUCCCGUGGGUGAAGAACCUGAUCUUCCGCCACUGCACGCAGGCCGGCUCGGAGAAGGUGAUCCCGCGCUGGGAGCAGGACUACCAGCUGCAGCCCAUCGGCAAGCUGGGGCUGUUCUACGAAUACCUUGAGAUGGUGAUCCAGUUCGGCUUCGUCACCCUGUUCGUGGCCUCCUUCCCCCUGGCUCCGGUCCUGGCGCUGGUCAACAACCUGUUUGAGAUCCGCGUGGACGCCUGGAAGAUCACCACGCAGUUCCGCCGCAUGGUGCCCGAGAAGGCCCAGGACAUCGGCGCCUGGCAGCCCAUCCUUCAGGGCGUGGCCAUCCUGGCCGUGGCCACCAACGCUAUGAUCAUCGCCUUUAGCUCAGACAUGAUCCCCCGCUUGGUGUACUACUGGUCCUUCUCGGUUUUCCCCUACGGCGACCACGCCGAGAGCACCAUGAGUGGCUACAUCAACAACACCCUGUCCAUCUUCAACAUCGAUGACUUCUCCAACUUCAGCAGGCCCCACAACACACCCUACUGGUUCAAGAACAGCUCCACCUGCCGCUAUCGGGAUUUCCGGAAUCCCCCGGGCCAUCACAAAGAAUACCAGUACAAUAUGCAGUACUGGCAUGUGAUCGCUGCCAAGAUGGCUUUCAUAAUCGUUGUUGAGCACAUCGUCUACUUCACCAAGUUCGUGCUCUCCUACAUAAUCCCUGACGUACCGGUCCAUGUCAGGGAGCAGAUCAAGCGGGAGCGCUACCUGACCCAGGUCAUCAUCCACGAGGCCAACCUCAAGCUGGUGACCAAGCGGUUGAAACCGCCUGAGGACGAUGAGGAGAAACCCCAGCACCCGAAGGGCAAGGAGGAAAAGCUGGAGCUGGAGCUGGAUUUCUGAAGACUGUAGAAACACGACUCGGGUGACAUCGUAAGCAAGGAUCCCGCUCCCGAAUGGAGACGGAGAGAAACAUGAUAUAGGCCUACAGAAAGAGAAAAUGAAAGUGGAAGUAGUUUACUGUCUUCGCUUCAAAGGUUAAAAGACAUUUUAACAAAAGUCACCACAAAUGACAAAAGUAUUUUGCGAUGAAAAGGACUUGGCUUGAAUGCAUCUCUUCCUCCUCCUCCUCCUCCUCCUCCUCCUCCUCCCCCCCGAACCAAAGACGGUAGACACGCAAGUGUCUACCGUACCAAAUUGCUUAUGCAUAAUUGGCCAAUCCCAAAUAGGCGUAAAGAUCAAAUGACUUGUUUUAGGACAAACCACUCGUAGGAAAAACAAAACCUGCCGAAUAAUAAUGUUUUUCACAUGUGUGCCAUUGUAUAGGUUGCCUUAAACAUAAUCACUGACGGCUACAACGGAACGUACCUCUAUGAAUCUAAACAAAAGUAACGCCGUCGGUGGAGUAAAUGUCGCGCUGAAACAUUCCAUUGAGGUUUUUUGUCGAAAGAACAGGGGAGGUUGUUGUAGUGGCUAGGGGGUUCACCUCGCAUCUGGAAAGGACUGUUUUAAAACCCAUAUGUCCUCAAUGUUCCAAGCAGCAUUCCCCUUAGCCCUUCCUGUGCACUAAUGGCGUGUAUCUCAAUCAAAAGAAGAAUGUGUCAGUUAAACCCCAAAAUAGGAACCAUCUGUUCGGACCUGGUUCUGGUCUUAUCUUGCACUCCCUGGAAGAUCUCUUAUAUGUUGAGGUUAUUACCGUGUCACAGGAUUGAAGGAGACGAUAUGAAAUGCUUGUUGACCAUCUCGUAACCACUUAUUAUAUGCAACACAAAAACAAAGAGUUACAGUACCGAUGGUGCAUGCGAGUUUUGCGAUGAUUGUGUUGUAUUAUAUAUUGUGUUGACCAAGACAAUCUAAGUGUGGUCUUUUUAAAACAGUUUUCAUCUCACUUAAACACUGUUGAAUGCUUGUUUUUUUGUCAUGUGCCAUUUUUUUAACGGCAGUAUUAUGAAAGCCAUGUCUAACCAUGGAAUUGAAUUCUGCACAGUACGUACACCCACUUUGUAUUCCCCUCUGUGUAGAUGACCUGUAUCUCCCACUGUUACAAACACCUGAACACAGAGCAGUUGAUGUAUUUACUUUGUAAAUAGAAGCACUUUGAGUGUUCAGUGUGCCAAUAAAUAUAUUACUCAAAUCA